AACUGCCUUGACAGGCACUAGGAGCGCAGCAAUCUCGUUUCCAAAAGCAACAUCGGGUUUGAUGGCAUCCGCCUGGUGUUGGUGUGAUUUUGAGCCUGACGUGUGUGUUUUACAUGUAUUUAGUGGUAGUAAGCGAUUACCAACUCUGUAUGUGUUUUAUCUAAGUACGUAUGUAUGAAUGUAUGUAUGUGUGUGUAUAUGGAUGUAUAAAUGUAGGUACGUCCGCGCGUAAGUAUGUAUGUGUUGGAUGUAUUCGUAACGUUGUGUUAAGGUUGGGUUUCUAUCAUGACUUCCAACAACAUUAGGUACAACGUAGAAACUGAAUUUCUUGAAAUUGACUCUAAGGGCGCAUGGCCGAUUCUUUAUCAGCACAUACGGAGUGAAUGUUUAAAUUAUGAGUAUACAGUACAGGAAGCACGAAAAACACACAAUAAGAACCUGAACAGAUACCGUGAUGUGAGUCCGUAUGAUCAUAGCCGGAUCGUUCUGUCGAAAGGGCCGUGCGAUUACAUAAAUGCUAGUCUAGUUACGAUUGGCAAAGCAAAUCGUCGCUAUAUCCUUACACAAGGUCCUUUGUCACACACAACUGGUCAUUUCUGGUUGAUGGUAUGGGAGCAGAAUUGCAAAGCAGUGUUGAUGCUCAAUAGAAUCAUUGAAAAAAAACAGGAAAAAUGUCAUCAGUACUGGCCUUUGGCUACUCGGUGUGGCGUUGAUGAUGAAAUGGUUCUUAAAGAAGUUGGUUUGAAAAUACAGUUCAUAUCGGAGAAAUGCGCAUCCUACUAUACUACAAGAACGUUACGAUUGACUGAGAUUGAAUCUGGAAAUAGUCGGGACAUUCUUCAUUUCCAUUAUACAACAUGGCCAGAUUUUGGAGUGCCACAAAGUCCAACUGCUUUUCUGGAGUUCCUGAUGGUGGUUCGCCGCAGUGGUGUCCUCAGUCCUAAUGUUGGGCCUCCAGUCGUUCAUUGUUCCGCUGGGAUUGGGCGAUCUGGCACAUUUUGCCUCGUGGAUUCAUGUCUUGUUUUAAUUGAGGAAAAUGGCAUCGGUUCCGUGAAUGUGCGCGAAAUUUUACUUGAGAUGCGAAAAUAUCGAAUGGGUCUCAUUCAGACGCCAGAUCAAUUGAGAUUCUCAUAUCUGGCCAUAAUAGAAGGAGCCAAACUAUUUACUAAUAAAAAUCAUAUGGAUGAUUCUUCUUUCAUGGAUACAAUGGAAAUAUCAAGAAACAAUGCAAAUUCAACUGAAAUUGAACUUGAAUGGAUGAAGGCAAAGGAUGAAAAUGAAAUCGAGGAACCGCCACCACCCCCGCCACCUAGAGGAGAAUCGUUAAAGAAAUCCAUUCCUCCCACUGUUCUGGAAAACUAUUGUGGUGGUGCAUCAGAAAACAUACUUCCACCAGACAAACCUCUUCCAAUUGAACCUUCCAAUAAUUCGUCUGAUAUGGAUUUAUGUACUGAGGAUUCAACGACAGCUGAAAAACUGAGUAGCUUGCUUUUCAGGGAUCCUCCUCUCGAAACGUCGAAAAUUGGAGAAGAAAAUGAAUCGGAAAGAUCGGUUUUGCGGCAGAGAAAGCAAGAGGAGCGAAGAGAAAGAAGAGAACGGUUAGCAUCACAAGUGCGGGAAAUGAAACGCAAGCAAGAAGAGUCUGAAAGUUGGCAAAAAUGGAAAAAAUCGAUAUUUACUCCGUUGAACCUCGGUGUAGGAGUAGGAAUACUUUUGAUAGGUGGAGGAGUAAUGGCAUAUGUGUAUUAUUCCAAUAAAAUGUGAAACGGUACAAUUAUUUUGGCCAAAUUGAAUGAAUAUCUUCACCAUAUACCUGCGAUAUUAUUUUCUUGUAAUUAUUCUUCUUCAUUAUGAUUUAUAGUGUUUGUGUGGAACAAAUCUUCAUGAAUUCAAAGUUUUGAACAAGAAUGCCAUAUCUGAUAAUCAUAGUGCCUCAAAGAAUCGAGUCAUUUAAAAAAAUGAGUGCAAUUCUUAGUGUGAUUGUUGUGCAUGCCUUGUUGACAUUGUGCAACAAGCAAUACAAAAAGUGACUUGUGGUUUGUAUGGAAGUUUUUAAUGACAGAUUAAAUGUACGUUGUGGCGGUUGGAUGAUAUCAAUGUACAAUACUAUGGCAAAUUUGUGUGCUAACUGCAAGUGUGAUUUCAACUGUACAUCGUGACAGGUUUCAGUUGGUCACUUGCAAAGUAUAUAUGUAUAAAUACAUGUUUAAAAAGAGGUGGAGAAACUGAACAAAUAAGAUGAAACAUUAAAAUGUACCCAACUUAUUUCUGUAUGGUAUAUAUACGCUUCAACUAUACACUUUUUUCUUUAUGUAUUUUGCAAAGGUGAUAAACUUACAAAAUAAGAAGUAAUAUUUUCUUGUACCUUCAUUUGUCACAACAGAAGAUGAAAAUUUCUUGAACGGCUUAAACAGCAUGCAAUUUCAAGAACUUAACUGUACAUCGUAACUCUCCUUAUGUUCUUUGUAGAAUUACUGGAAAUGUUUCACAUAGUAAUAUAGUGGUACUUGUUAUGUUGAUAUAAUUUUAAAAAAAUUAGUUGAAGUUGUGCGAUUCAAUGAUAUGAAAAUCUUGUCGAAACCUUAGUGCUUAUUUUCAACACAAAUGUAUUUAGUUAGUUUAAUUAAAUUAAUUUUUUCCUGCGAUAAAUUUUGAAAUUGGUUAUAUUUAAUGUUAUUUAUACGACUUUACACCAAUAAAUCCUCUAUGAAGUACUGUCACAUCAGUAAAUGUCACUGAUGUUCAGCAGUAUGAAUAAUAUUUUGUACAAAAUAGAACUGAAUGUAUUUUUCAUUAGCAAAUUCAGUAUGAGGUUGUAUAAGAAAUAAUGUGAUUGUGGCAUUUUUAUUUUGAGACAAAAUGUGGCACUAGGUUCCUGAAAAGGUAACACCUCAUACAUUUUCAUGGAAACUCUUAAGAUGUGCAAGUAUAAAUGUAACACUUUGAGAAUAUGCAUUCAACCACAAAAAUUAUUUUUAUCUAGUAUUGCAAAUGUAUUUUCUUCAACAAUGAACAAAAGCGAACAUGUGGUGCCCAAAAAUUUAUUAGAGGUAGCUUUCAACAAAUACACUGACAAAAAUCUUCAGUUCUUGACUCUUUCCCCUCUUUGCACAAUUUCACAACAAAAAACUUCCAUCCUCGCCAGUGUACUUAUGCACCAUGACCAAACCCCUCUCUUUACAAUUGACAGAGUUACAAAAAAUGUAAUGUUAGAAAAAUAAUAAAUAGUUAAAUGAUGUGUGAAGGAAAGAAAAAUUAAGUGACUUAAGUAUUUCAUCAUCCAAAAUUAUAGUUAUCAAAUGUAGUGAAUCAAAUCAUUAAGAUAAUUGUAAUAUUUAAAAAUGACUAAUGCAUUAUAAAACAAUGAGGAAUUCUUAAGUUAAUGUGAUUUGGGAAUAUUAAUUCAAAAAUGAACUCUGCUAAAUAAAGAAAAUGUAAAUUAUUUAUUUGCAUGAUAUACCCUAGAAAAGGAAGUGUAAUUUUAGCAUCUCUUGAAAUGUUUAACCCAGGAAUACCCACAAUAUACCUGUGAGAUCAGUUGCUAGUUAUUUUCAGAUAAUCAUAAGAGGCAAUAUACCAAUGAAAUGGAAUAUUAUGUAUCCUCCCGAUGUUUGUAACUGAGUAAUCCUACAGACCUGCAUAGAUUUUAUUAGCCAGUCAGCAAUUACAUGCUUUACAAGCUAUUUGUAUUAUAAUUUUGUAUUACAUAAGAGAAAAAUAUAUUUUAAAUAUUA